AUGAGAUUUGAAGAAGGUGGUACUCCCAGUCAAUCAUCACAAUUCGAAGAAUAUAAAAAUUCGCUACUAAAUUGGUAUAAAGAUACAACAAGCAAUGAUGCUGUUGUUUAUGAAGAACUGGCAGGCAAUGCUGGAUCUACCACCAUAUAUGCCAAUAAACUAUCUGACAAAACACAUGCUUUUUUUGAAAACGUCAUCGACUUAGUCGUACAAUAUGGGCCACACGGCUCGACCUUUCGUAAAUACAACUCUGAAUGUAAUUUUAAAAAAGAUAUAGGCUACAGACCAGAACAUUACCACGAUUGGGACCAACUAAGCUUCUACAAUCUAUCUAAUUGUUUAAAAAUGUCGGGUAAAGAUAAGGAAAUGUUAAAAGACGCACACUUAGAAUAUACAAAUGCACUAACUAAACUAAGAUUACCGGAAACUACAUAUAAUGGCGGCAAUGGAAUUGUUAUUGUUGGUGGUGGUAAAUUCUCUGUGUUGGCUUUGAAUUUAAUUAUUAAUUUGAGAAAAACUGGAACGAAAAUAUUGCCUGUAGAGGUACUAAUACCGCCAAAAAGUUCAUCAGCAUCCUCCCAUGAAAACCAAGACAAAGAUUUUUGCGAAAGUUUAUUGUUACACCAUAAGGAAUUCAAUGCCAAAUGUAUUUAUUUUGAUAAAAUUUUUUCUCGUGAUUUAAUAGAGAAGAAUAAAAUUGAAUUUAAGGGCUACCAAUAUAAAAGUAUAGCUAUUUUGGCAUCGAGCUUUUCUAAUUUGUUGCUAUUAGAUGCAGAUAAUACACCAAUAAAAUCGUUAGACCAUGUCUUUGACAGUAAAAUCUUUCAGGACACGGGGUUAAUCAUGUGGCCCGAUUUCUGGAGAAGAACCACCUCUCCAGAUUAUUAUUACAUAGCCGAUAUCGAAAUAAAUAUAAAUAAAAGAGUAAGAAACUGUUUAGACAAUCUAACCCCCGUGGAAGUAUAUAGCGAUAGCACUGCUGAGAAUAAAAAUGUUCCAUAUCAUGACUUCCUAAACACCAUACCUGAUCCAUCAACCGAGUCGGGCCAAUUGAUGAUCAAUAAAUUGGUCCAUCUACCUACAAUAUUGUUGUCCUUUUAUUAUAACGUAUAUGGCCCAUCAUGGUAUUAUCCACUUUUUUCACAAGGGCGCUCAGGCGAAGGUGACAAGGAAACAUUUAUAGCAGCUGCCCAUUUUUAUAAUUUACCAUAUUAUCAGGUCAAGACCAUGAUUGACACUGAUGGAUAUCAUAAACACGAUGGCAGUGGGUAUAGAAGUGUUGCGUUGUAUCAACAUGAUUUUAUUCAGGAUUAUGAAUUGUAUAAAUUGGCCAAAAAAGAUAUAGAAAAAAAAUAUGGUAAAAGGGGUAACGGUGCGGUCAAAUUUGAUCCAAACUAUUCUUUUGAAAACUUCUACAACAAAUAUUUCCAUAACGAGAAAGUGCAAGGUGGAGAUUCCGGUACUAAUACGGACAAGAAGGAUAUAGAUGUCAUGUUUAUCCACUGCAAUUUACCUAAAUUUGAUCCCUAUGAAUUAUAUAGCAAUAAAGAAUUUCAAGACUUGCAAAAAGAUCAAGAUGAUAAUACUUUCAACAAAAAUAGUCAACUACAAUUCCGUAUUUUUGAAAAAUUGGAUAAAUUAAAUAAUUUUGACAUAGAACUGGAAAUAUUUGAUAAUUACAAUAAAUACUUAUGUGAUCCACAGCAUCUGAUACAAUUUGAUUAUUUGACCAAAAAGUUAAAGUAUGGUGAUCAGGAAGAUGGUGAUAUUACCACUAGUUCCACUAGAAAUGGUGAUCUGGAGUGGUUAAAAAUGUGUAAAUACAUCAAAAAUAGAUUAUUGUUUUUGAAAAACACACCUAUAUAA